AUGAGUGCUCGAUCUUCAUAUUCUUGUUUCUCUUGUUUUCACUUUUUCUUACUUGUUGUUUUGGCCUUGUUUCGUUUAUGCUCAUCUAAUCAAAACUCUCAAUGCAAUGACGUUGAGAGACAAGCACUUCUCCAGUUCAAGCAUGGCCUUACUGAUGAAUCACAACGACUCGCUUCGUGGGUUGCUGAGAACAAGGACUGUUGUACAUGGGCUGGGAUAGCUUGUGAAAAUUCGACAGGUCAUGUUCAUGGUAUUCAUCUUCGUGGACUUGAUGGUCAUUGUGGAUACCAAGAUUAUGACCUGACAGGAUACGAAGAACCCUCGAAGCAGAAAUUAAAAGGGGCUAUAAGUCGAUCUUUGUUGGAUCUAAAGCAACUCAAGCAUCUGGAUUUGAGUUGCAAUGAUUUUGGAUACAUCCAAGUUCCUAAAUUCAUUGGUUCUUUUCAAAACUUAAGGUACCUGAACCUUUCACGUUCCAAUUUUGGCGGAAGUAUCCCUCCACAACUAGGGAAUCUCUCAGAAUUACAUGUUCUGUGUCUUGGAAGUUUUCAUGACGAUCCAUUUGAAAGAACGAGCAUGGCAAAUAUGAAGUGGUUAUCAAGUCUUGGUAUGUUGCAUCACAUGGAUAUGAGUGGCGUGGACCUUAGCAAAGCAACCAAUUGGCUCCAGGUGAUUAACACCCUUCCCUCUUUGGUUCAACUACAUUUGUCUGGAUGUGAACUCUCAAAUCUACACAUGUAUGUUCCUAGUGUCAAUCUCACAUCCCUUUCUGUUCUUGAUCUUUCUCAAAACUAUUUUAGCAGUGCAGUAUCACAAUGGAUAUUCAGUGUAACUAGUCUAGUUUCAUUGGAUUUAAGUUGGUGUAAUUUUCAUGGUCCUAUUCCUAGCUUCCGCAAUCUGACUUCUCUUGAGUUGCUUCAUGUUGCCGAGACUAAGUUCAUGAAUUCUUCCUCAAUAUUUCAAGAGUUGUCUGGUACUAAUCUCGUCUCGUUAGAUAUUGAGAGUUGUGGUAUUUCAAGUUCACUUCUAGAUUCCCUUCAAAAUCUAACAAAUCUUAUUAGCCUCGACUUGUCUCAAAAUCAACUCACUAAGAGAAUACCUAAAUCAUUGGGUAACUUUUGUAAUUUGAGAGAGAUUGAUUUGUCUCGUAACAAUAUUGUUAAUAUUAGUCUGACAUAUUUUCUUGAAAGUUUUUUCGAGUGCAAAUCACCUGCCUUGGAGUCAUUAUCCUUGAUCAGGAACCAUAUAACUGGUAUAAUUCCUCAUUCCAUAGGAAACUUGUCAUUUCUCAGAACAUUAGAUCUUAGUGAUAAUCAAAUUUCUGGUCCCAUUCCAUACUCAAUUGGACGAUUAUUAUCUUUGGAAGGGUUGGAUUUCAGUUAUAACCAAAUAAAUGGAAGCUUUCCCGACUCGAUUGGACAAUUAUCAUCAUUGGAGAUUUUGGAUGCUUCGUUUAACAAACUAGAUGGCAACCUUCCCGACUCAAUUGGACAAUUAUCAUCGUUGGUGGAGUUGAGUAUUAGUAAUAAUCGACUGGAUGGCAGCCUUCCGGACUCAAUUGGACAAUUAUUCUUCAUUGGAGAAGUUGAGUAUUAG